AUGAACGAUUUUUUAUGCUCUGCCCCAACUACCAUGACGAGUAGCUGUCUGAUCAUCGGGAUUAGUGGCGCCACUUGCGCCGGCAAGUCCACUUUGGCUCAGGCUUUGGCGGCCAUCUUCCCUCAAGUUCGACAUAUCAAUCAAGAUGACUACUAUUACCCCGAAGAUCAUCCCCGUCAUCAGUGGGUGUCCGCCCUCAACCAUAUUAAUUGGGAACUCCCCAGUGCUUGCGACAUGGACCAACUCUAUGAUGAUAUGAUCCGGGGUCAAACCCACCGUACAGUCAACCAGGCCAAUUCGAAUAUCAUUCCCUUGACACCGGAGCAGUUGAAAGUGGUGGCCGAUUUCCGAACCUUAGGUCACAACCUGCCUAGCCCGGUGCUCAUUUUGGAAGGUAUUACUUUGUUUAACCACGAGCCAGUCCGGGAUGCGUGUGAUUGGCGAUUUUUCCUCACCCUUGACUAUGAUGAAUGCCGGAAAAGGCGGAACCAACGCGCUUAUGAUCCGCCUGACGUUCCAAAAUAUUUUGAUACCGUUGUGUGGCCGCAAUAUCAGUCCAAUGAAAGUCUUCUCCGUUCUUCAAUGGCCCACCAGAUUGAUUUCCUGGAUGGUUCACAAGAGUUUCGGGCCCUCUUAGACGCAAUCCUGAAACGAAUUGUUCAUCCAUAAUAAUAUAGCUUGAAUAAAUUAUCACACAUACAGAUAA